AUGUCGUCAAAAACGACUCGUGUAGCAGUUACGCAGGCUGAGCCAGAGUGGCUAGAUCUAGCCGCUGGUGUAGUAAAGACCUGCCACCUCAUCGCAGACGCUGCCCAGAAUGGUGCACAAUUAAUUGCCUUUCCAGAGUGCUGGAUUCCUGGAUAUCCAUGUUGGAUUUGGAGCCGACUUCUCGACGUCGAGUUAAAUGUGGCAUACAUCAAGAACUCCAUUACCCUCGAUUCUCCAGAGAUGCACCAAAUUCAAGCAUGUGCUAGGAGCUAUUCGAUCGCAGUAUCACUUGGCUUUUCCGAAAACGAUAACAACUCACUCUAUAUCGCCCAAGUAAUAAUUGGCGUCGACGGAGAGAUUAAGUCGCACCGGCGAAAGAUGAAGCCUACCCACAUGGAGCGCACCGUUUUUGGAGAUGCCUCCGGAGAAUGUUUCUCCAGUGUUGUGGAGUUGCCCUUCGGACGUGUCGGGGCUCUGUCUUGCUGGGAGCACAUCCAGCCACUGCUGAAGUAUUUCAUGAUUUCGCAGAGAGAGGAUAUUCACGUCUCUGCAUGGCCGAGCCUGACUCCUCAUACAGGAAAAACUGAUCUCUGGUCUAUGUCUGCCGAAGGUUGUCAGAGUUUGUCACAGACAUGCGCUAUAGAGUCGCAGAGUUUUGUUCUCCACUGCACAGCCGUAAUUACUGAAAAUGGUGUGAAGGCAAUGAACACAAGAGGCAGCUCUGCGAUCUUUGGUCCUGAUGGGAGGAGAUUGACUGAGCCCGUUGGCAGCACUACUGAGAGCAUCAUCUAUGCAGACCUUGACAUGAAUCAAAUUAUGGCGAGCAAGAUUUUUGCAGAUGCUACAGGUCACUAUAGUCGCCCGGAUCUUAUGCAGCUUAAUGUGUGCAAGGAAGUGAAAAAGAUGGUGACUGAUACUGGCACAGAUGCUGCAACUGUGGAGUAG